AUGGCCGAGGAAUCCAGUGGUGGAAACAAAUCUGCUAAUGUUGAAGAUUCAACUCCGGAAAAUCUAGAAAAUCAGAAUCUUGCGGCAUCAUCAUGCGUUUCUCCCGAGAAUUCUAAUUCUAAUGAACAGAAUUCGACCCCAAGCCUGGAGGAUGCAGAAAAAGGGAAAGUGAAACUAGCAGUUGAGGAUAAUAAAAGUGAGGAUCACUCGGAUGACGAUGAGGAGGAAUUACCUUUUCCAGGAUUUAGUCGAAGGAGUCUUUUUUUAACAUCUCCUGUAUCUGUUCAUUAUGCUGGAAUUGGUGGAAACGGAGAAACACCAUUUAAAUUAGUUAUAAGCAAUUUUCUGUGUAAUCAUUUGAAUAUCAUCUAA